UCUUUCCUUCAUAUCUCCGCACAUCAAAAAACAACUUACAAACUCGUAGCAGUUUCUCUAUUUUCAUCCUUUUCUUUUUCAAAUGGAGUCCAAAAAGGGUGCCGGUGGCAGAAAGGCUGGUGGUCCUAAGAAGAAACCCGUUUCCCGGUCCGUCAAAGCCGGUCUCCAAUUCCCAGUUGGCAGGCUCGGUCGUUACCUCAAAAAAGGCCGCUAUGCACGGCGCGUAGGCACUGGUGCUCCGGUCUACCUUGCCGCCGUUCUCGAGUACCUUGCCGCUGAGGUUUUGGAGUUGGCGGGAAAUGCAGCAAGGGACAACAAGAAGAACAGGAUUAUUCCGAGACAUGUUUUGUUGGCGGUGAGGAAUGAUGAAGAGCUUGGAAAGCUUCUAGCGGGUGUGACGAUUGCUCAUGGUGGUGUUCUUCCCAAUAUUAACCCGGUUCUUUUGCCAAAGAAGGCUGCUGCAAAGGAGGCUACAAAAUCUCCAGCAAAAGUGACUAAAUCACCAAAGAAAGCCUAGUGUUUGUGUGUUUUAGGAUUUUGUGUAAUUAGGAAACACAAUUUGAUGGAUGAUUUUAGGGGAAUUUUUGUUGUUGGCUAUAGGUUUGUUAAGAACAUCUUGUUUGAAAUGAAAUGUCAGCCAUACGCAUUUAAUUAUGUUCA